AUGAUCGAGUCUGCAGCUGAUGAGAGGCUCCAGAAAGCAAGUACCCAGUUCUUUUCAGAUACUGGUGUAAUGGCCCUACUCUGUCAUCAUGAUCAUGUCAUUUACCUUGCAAAUAUGACUUCAGCUGGGGAGAGGCAACAUUAUGCACUUGCCCUCAUCAAAUCUCUUUUUGGCCAUCUCCCAUAUAAUUUUCAUAUUGGGCUGUUAUAUGACAUAGGUUGUCAACUGGAACAGAGCUGCAGGAAGUGGGGUUUUCUCAAGUCAUUUCUGCCACAUAUUUCUUUUGCCAUCUCACUUAUCUAUCACCCCCAAAAAUGUGAAGGAUUUGGGCUAUCUGAUGGAGAGGGAUGUGAGCAGUAUGCCACAUCUGUUUCAAGCUAA